AGAGCCUGCUCUUUGCUUUCUCUGCUCACAUACCCGCUGGCGGGUCAAGGAAAAACACAAACACCAUCUACACACACACAGUUCCUUGGGCUUGCGCUGUGAUGGAGUCGAGUACAGCAAGUGGUUCAGGUGAGAAUAAUGGCACUGCUGUGCUGGCACAGUUUGAACAAGCUCUACGCCUUGUUGUACGUGAGAUCCAUGUUGACGUUGCUACUUUCAAGCAAAAUGUGGAGCAGCGCCUGGAGGAAGCCUGUAAAGGCACCAAACCCCUAGAGAACAUGGUUUCAAGGCUCCAGGAGGAAAACCAGCAGCUGAAGGAAAAGUUACAGGCUCUUUCCCAACUGGUAGAUACACUACCUUGGAUAGCGAGCCAGUCAAGUUCCCAGAGGAAUUGUGAUCUCCAUGAUCUCCAAGUUCAAGCCCAAAUCCAAGCUGAGAGAUGUAGCCCUGGAACUGCAUCUUCCAUGAAGGAAAAAGAAAUGUGUGAUCCAGCUGGAGCAUACUUACUCGGUGGAUCUGUGUGUGUGGAUUCAGAAUCUACUUCCUCCAGGAGCUCCCCGACCACAUCUAUGGCCACCACCAUUAAUGAGGAUGCAAGUUAUGACUCUAAUGUGAUAAACAGAGAGAAGGAGGUAGAAGAAGAACAAGAAGAAAAAGAAGAACAAGCAGAAAAAGAACAAGAAGGUAAAGAUCCCUUAACUUCAGCUGGACUGGAGAAUAAACCUGAGAAAGUGCAAGAAUUAGAAGAAAUGUCAUCACUGGUCAGUAAACAAGAUGCAGUCUCUGACUCUCUGACCAUCACAUCUCCCCAAAUACAUCCUAAAACAGACCCGAGACCUGAAUCUUCUUUAGAAAGUGGGUCACAGGAUGUGAUGUCAUCAUUAUCCAGCCAGCAUAUGACCAUGUCAGUGGCCAUGACUACAAGACAGCGUCCACUGACAGCUACAAGCAGAGCAAGAGAUCUGGCAGUUCAGAAGUCCAAAUCAAAACAGACUACAGUUUCUUUUUCACUGACAGAGACCCAAGAAAUGAAGUCAUCAAACAAUAAUCAAACCAUGUCCAUGGUUUUAAUGGAAGCUCCCCAGAAAUCUGGAAGUGCUGAAGAUUGUCCACUAAGCCCUACGCCUACAAGGCCUUGGAGGAUACAACAUACACCAAACUCCAUUCUUACCAAACUCAUACCACCACCGGCACAAUUUAGCCAUUCAGCUAUUGAAAUCUCCAAAUCAAUGCCAAACGCGGAAUCCCACCAUAAAUCUGCAGAGCAGGGCCAGGAAGUGAGGACACCAGACAACCAUAACUCUACAACUCACUCCCAGUUUCAUCAGUUACCCCCUGAAAAGGUCUCACCAAAGACAGUUGCAGAAACGUUUUCCUUUGAGAAUGAAAUUACUUUGGAGACACAGGAAGUGAUGUCAAUCGUCAACAAUCUGGAAGCCAGAGGAAAACCAAAUCUAAUGGCCAAUACAGACGGCAACUUGAUGACUCCCAAAACUGUGCAGUUAACCAAUCAAAAUGCUGAUCUGCCUUUCAGCAAACCAGCUUCAGAUACAGCAACGUCUACAAAGAACCUUCAUGUGGCUCCUUUUGCUAUAUCAAAUAGUGACAAUGCCACAAGGAAAUCUUCAGAAUCUACCUUUAAAACUGAGCGCUUAUUGUCAUCACAAGUGCUCCGGUCAACGGUCAAUGUUCAGUCAAGUUUGGGAUCCACAACAGAACCCCAGCAACCAGUCAGCAUUAUGAACAUACCGCUAAGCCCUAAAUCUUUCAGAUCAACCAACCAAAUUCCUACUCCAUUUCACUUACCAUGUACACCAGAGACAACUGAAUCCCUAUUUAAAGCUUCAAGUGUUGGUGAAGCUUCAAAAUCCAGUGCAUCUGUAUCCAACCACUACGUGGCCCCAUUUUCUGUGACCUCUCCAAUAUCUGCUUGUCCUGCAGGACAUUUAGAGCCCUCCCUCCAAACUGAUCAUUCCCAAGCAACCAGUUCAACUCAGCAUGCAGAACCACUUACUACACCAAUGCCACAAAAACCUACAAGUUGUCCACCUGUUCCUGGGAGCCCCAAACCUCUGAAGUCAACCAACCAAAGCCCUACACCAUUCAAGUGUUCUUCUACACCAAGUCCAGCAAUCAGAUCACACCACAGAAUUGUCCAGACAGAAAAAAUGUCAUCUACCAGCAGUCUUUAUGAAGAACAAAUAGCUGUGAUGGAAACUCAAGUUCCUGCUACAUCAAAUUUAAAUGUUCACAUGAGCCCAAACUCUAAGACUAAGCCAACCAGGUUUAACCUAGAUGACCAUUCUUCCACCAAACGGAACCCUAUACCAUCUCCUACUACAAUGAAGAAACCAGUGUUACAGGCUGUACCUUCACCAGGGUCUGAUUACUUCUCUUGCCCAGACAAAAUAAAUUUACCUGACAGUCAUGGAAACCAAGAUCCUUCCAGCAAAGUGACUCCUCACUCUCCUAUCUCCUCUUUCGCACAAAUAAGUCCACGGCCUUCCAGAAAACUGAAAAACCAAGAUCUUGCACAAAAUCAAGAGACCAGUCUUAUCAGUUCUCAGUCUGUUGUUUAUCUAAACUCUGCUGAGACUUCUAGUGUAACCUCAGAGAGCAACCAAACUCAGCAUCCAGUUCAGUUGCAACAGGAAAUGAGGUCAACAGAGGACAGUUUCUCCCAUCCUCAGUUAUCCAUUGGUUCUCUAAGCAGACGUGCCGAUUCGCCAUCUGAAAGUGAGUACUCUGGCUACUCGUCAGUGUAUUCAUCCGUGUCCCAGGAAGUGAGGUCAUCGGUAAAUGGUCAGCAUGCGACUUCUGCCCAGCCUAUUGCAACCUCUAUAAAUUGGAUGAGCCCCAGACGUCAAAGAAGAGCAGCCAAUCACAACAGAGAGAAGUUCACAUCAUCACAGACAGAAGCCUCUACAGAAUCACGAGAAGGGAGGUCAUGUAUGUCUUGUGUCUUCUCACAGCCUCAGCUCUCUAUAAGUUCUGUAGCUAGACGAACAGAAUCACCUCCUGAUAGUGAGUAUUCUGGAUACUCUUCAGUUUAUUCCUCAGUGUCACAGGAAGUGCGAUCAGUUGUAGAUGCAUCCACAACCACUGCAACACCCCAAGCUGCUGUCACUUCUAUGAUUCGUAUGAGCCCUAAGCCUGUCAGGAGAUCAGCCAAUCCCAGGUCUUCUCUCCCUAACCCCUCCCCUCCACUAAAGUCAAAGGUGUUUGGCCAAUCAACACUGAGCACGAAAUCAUAUCCACCAAUGACUGAACCUUCCACUAAGUCUGGGAUGUCCCAGGAUGUGAAGUCAUCUCUCAGCAGUCAAUAUCCAGCCGUCUCAUCACCGCAGCUGUCUGGUACACGCAACAACCAAAUCCCACGAAGCCCCAAGCCCAUCAACAUUUUGCAGCCUAACACUACGCCACAUUUUAACCCUUUGCUUUUCAGCCAAUCAGCAUCUGACUCAGCAGUUCCUAAACCAAUCAUGGAGUCUCCCAGCAGACCUGUGUCAGCAGUCAAGCCAUGGACCUCUAACCAGAAGAUAAAUACAAGUUCGCCGGGUUAUCCAGACAAGACUUCAAGCAUGUUUUCUAAGCCAGGUCAUUUCUCUGACUCCAAACCAGUCAAUGACAACUUCAUCAAGAAAUCUGACAGUGUGAACGGUAAAGAGAGUUUGGUAGGAUCACGGACGCUGCCAAGAAACUUCCAGAGCAAGCAGGCCUUGUUUCAGAGAAUGAAUUCUGAACCUAGCAGAGAUAAGAACGUGGAGUCGAGACCUAAACUGAGACGAUCUCAGAGCUUCAACACGUCCAGCGCCAGUGGCAUUAAGCAGCUCCUGCUGGACUGGUGCCGCUCCAAAACCAUCGGCUACCAGCACAUAGAUAUCCAUAAUUUCUCUUCCAGCUGGUCUGAUGGCAUGGCCUUCUGCGCCUUAGUGCACUCCUUUUUUCCACAUGAGUUUGACUACAAUGAGCUGAAUCCGGUGCACCAUAAACAUAACCUUGAUUUAGCUUUCACCACUGCAGAGGAGAAGGCAGACUGCAUUCGGCUGAUCGAAGUAGACGACAUGAUGGCGAUGGGGCCCAACCCUGACCCCAUGUGUGUGUUUACGUAUGUGCAGUCCCUUUACAACCACCUCAAGAGAUUUGAGUGAUCACUUCCUACACGAGGCAUCAUUUCUAUCCAUUCUCAUUAGGGUUACAGUCUGACAGUGUGUUUGUAUUUCUUAUUCUGACUUGUAACUUUCUGCCAUUUUGGAAAAAUAUUUUGCUCAGAUAGGUAUCAAGCAUGUUUGGUAAGGAAUUCAAAUAAAAAAAGUCAGGACAGAAUAUAAAACAUAGAGCAUAAGAGAGCAUCACGAAGUGUUUUAUUCCUCUGAUAUCACAGUGUUCUGCAAACAAUUACCAUUUUUAAUUUAUUAAAGCACAGCACAUCAUGUGUUUUAACUGUUUAUAUUGAUAAUGUUAUGGAGAUUCCAUGACACAAUGUUUUAGCAGCUAUAAACAGUAACUCCCUCACCAGCCUCACUUGUUUUCUCUCUCGAAGACAAAAAAAAAAUUACACAUAAAGCAUAAAAUCCUCUGUCUGGAAAACUUACUGACAUUGUAGACUCUUCCUUCUGUUAUUGUUCAAUAAAUGCCU